CCCAGGAGUGCCAGACGCCCCAGUUGGUCACCUUGCCGCUCCCAGGGUCGUCAUCGUCGUCUUCCUCGCCCUCCUCGUCGCCCUCGCCAUCCCCACCGUCAUCAUCGUCCGACUCCGGCCCCUCGUUCUCGUCGGCGUCCAACUUAUCAAGGUACUUGAGUGUCCGGAUCAUCCCCAAGACCCUGGAUCUGUAGUGCCUGGCCCGCCUGACGGGGCAUUCGUAGAGGUCCAGCGAGAUGAGGCGGAGGCGCGCGAGCGAGCGGCGCCAGAUCGUUCACAUCUUAGAUGCGGAGGUCGAGGUCGCGCAGCCGUUGCCCACCUCGACGAGGUGCUCGACCGUGGGAUCUCGUUCAAGUUCCUCAGGUCAAUUUCCACGGGAUCCCGUUCAAGCGGAAGCACUCUCCUGCGCUCCUCUGCCCCAAAUCUGCUAUUAUAUGGAGGCAGCCGUCAGCACCCAUUUCGCCCAAUGAGCUUGGAGCCGUGCACAGCUGACGUUCUGGUGUGGUGUCGACCUCACAGCACUACCGCUCAUUUGAGUCUGAAUUUCUUUGAUUCCUCUCAGCGGCCCGUCGUGGUGCCCGGCGAUCUUCUUACCGUCUCGAUCGCCACGGCCGCUGCCGCACCAACAUCACUACUCCCGGCCAUCUCCCCUUGGCUGAGGUCUUCGACGAUGCUGAGCCUAGGCAGCAGUCCUGGUUCAUCGGCUGGAGGACUGCCUCCACAGACUCGUGGUCCAAAGCCACAGGGUGGCCUCACAGUGCGUGGACGGAAAUUCCCAGUUGAAGACAAGGCUAUGCGUGGCACCUCCUCCACUGUCAUCUGUGUCACCGACCUCACCUCACCGCUCCGUCCCUGGGCUCCCUUCACGACCGGGUCCUCGCACCGGGAGGCCCUGGCUGUGUGGAUGGAGCCGUCUAGCGUCGUCGGCACUGGAACAUCGACCACCGUAGGUGCUUCUCGAGGCAGCCGGAGUUGGGCUGCUGAUGGUCACCGCUGUCCGCGGGAUGCACUGGUAGCAUGACGCAAGUGAGACCAAUUCUUUGAUCUCCUGCACAGAUUUGUAGCUGCAGGAAUUUUGUUUGGGAAGAAAAAAUGCAUCUGCUUUGUCAUGUGUGUAAUCGACCAGUAAAUGUUCAGAGUGUUGUGUUGCAACACAAACAAAUCUUGCAGGACAGCUGGGUUAUAUAAAAAUCCGAUCCUGCGAUAGGUUCCGAAGAUGUACUAUAUUUUCUCUAGGAUUGGAGUAGCUUAAUUCAUACUGAAGCUUAAACAAAUUCAAAAUUUUAGAUUUGCUUGUAAUGAUCUAACGGGUAGAUAUGGGUGUAUUUUGUCAUCUAUUCGAGUUCUUUUCACGUCUA